UCCAUCACAAAAAUAUUGGCCAGUGAAGAGCCACCUUGAAGGAAUGUUAAAUUUUUCAAGGUUGACUAAAUGUGUGGCAGAACGGCUUGGUAACAUGUAGUUUUAGUUUGAAUUACAUUUAGUGCUUUGGAGCCGAGCACGAUAUGUGCCAAAUGCCAGCUUAAUCUUCGUAACAACAAAGAAAUAGGGCAACCUAACUGGCACAAUGCUCCUGGUGGUCAAAAGUAUAAUCCGUCAUAUAAUAUAUCUCCAGGAUCAUUCACGUAUGUUUGUUCCUCGCUUAACAUUCUCAAAGCUAAUAUGAUGAGGUUUGGGUUUACUGUGCAUAUUUUGGAUGAAUUUAUCGCUGUCUAACUCAUAUAUUACAAUAUCAUUUAUUAAAAUAGCUUGCAUUGAUAUUAUAUCGCGGAUAUCUGCACUUUAGCUGUAUGGCGGUAUUCAAUGAAGCUUUGUUGGUUUAAUGAUAGUUAUUAGUCCUAUGAAGAUUCGUAUAUGUAUUCACAUCUGAUUCUGUACAUCAUGAUGUUUUAUGAGAGAAUUCGGUCAAACUUCCAGCAAAUAUUGUGAAGUUGUUAUAAAGUUCUACACAAGCCUGUGAGAAACUAUGCUUAAGUAACAUUUUAUUCAGGUACAUAAAGUAAUCGUUUUAUCUCUAAAAAUUUGUACGCGAAUAUGUCCUCUAAAAAUUCCCGAAAAAUUUUCCCUGUAAGAAUAUUUUUCGUAGAAAUUUAUCUGAAAAGGCCUCUUUUUAAAAACUUCGAUGAAGGUCUAUUUUUCUUCCAGGAUUAUCCAUCCACAUUAUAUUUUGAUAGUAUAAUAAUUACCAAAAACUAUGCAACAGUAUGAAUCUCGUUGUCUUCAACGUAACGAAAAAUACUCCUAUUAAAGAGAUUAGUCAAAAUAAUCUGACUGUUAUUCAUAAUAAACACUGUUAACCCAUUAGUUACACAUGAGCAAGUGUAGAAGUAAAUGUUAAGGCUUCGGUAUUUGAUUCUGUGGUACUCUAAAAAGGAAAGCAUAAAGAUGGUUCAAGUAGUUGUAAAGAUAGCCGGACAUUUUUAAAUUUCAUGAAAAGUAAUAGCUACAAUAUACAAUGACAUGGUGCAAUAAAAAACUUACAUCUGUAUUGUUAACAUCGUUACGUUUUUGAAAAAAAUGUCUCACAUUUAUGUGUGGGUAAUAGUAUAUGUAUAACAUUAAAAAUACACUAUUAUACUCACUAUGUUUACUUCUGAAAUCUCGUCUGUCUAAUCUGUCCAUCUAGUCGUGGAAAGAUAUUUGUUUUGUAGAAUGUGAAAUCUUUUCAAGAUUCCUUUCUCUCAAAUUUUGACUGGCUAGUGUGGAUGUUAGUGUACGUCAAACUUAGCACUUGUUCCUAGAAGUGUGAAUUCCGCCGCAUGUUUUUGCUUCAUUAUGAAGAAUACUACAUGUUUUUAAGGUUUCCUGGCAUAGUUGUUCAUUUUAAUCGGUCGUUGUUUCAUGAGAUUCGAGUUUAGAUAAUCAGCCAAACUGCAAUAGGCUAACAUAUUUGCAAAUUAUAUUUCCAUACUGCCGCAUAUAUUAAAAUGACAAUGAUUUGUAUAGCUAAGAAACAGUUUAAUAGAUUGUUGCUAGUAUCAAAGUUGAUGUUUGGAUUUUUAGAGCUCACCAAACGAUAAGUGGUUGGAUAUAGUUCUCUGCAUUUAUCAUAGUCAUCUCCAAGGAAAUCAUGAUAUGAAACUAUAACCUACCUCAAUGUUCUGUCAUUUUACACUUAGUUAGACACCAGUUGUCAUAUGGACCAUUGUUCAAAUUACUUGCUGUUCGUUAAAAAUACAGCUGUUCAUUCGUGAACUACUUAAUACGGACUACCAUCAACGUGUUACUUUGAUGGAGUUUGACCGACAAUCAUCCUCACACAAAAAUACUAUUUCAUAUUUUUGAAUUUUAUUUAGACCAGUUCUAGUUUCAAACCAGUUCACUGAUACAAAGGAUAAAGGCCAUUCACUUCAGGUGAUGCGUUGGGGUUUAAUACCUGCGUUUAUUCAUGGGGACUCGACUUCCACUUUUCACACAUUCAACGCCCGUAUCGAAUCAUUAUUAGAUAAACGCUCUUACAAGUGUUCAUUGCAAGAAGGCAAACGAUGUGUAGUUGUGGUUCAAGGAUUUUAUGAAUGGAAAGUUGGAAUCAAGAAAAAACAACCAUUUUAUUUUUGUCCUUCAGAUCCUGGCAAAUUGCUUAUGAUGGCAGGUUUGUUUGCUCAUAAUUAUGAGAAACAGAUGUAUUCAUAUACCAUAAUAACCACAAGUUCAAAGGGCAUCAUGGCAGAUGUGCAUUCAAGAAUGCCUAUCAUUUUAGAUAACGAUGAUGAUAUUUAUGAGUGGCUGGAUCCCACUGAAUCCAAUUAUAAACAAGCAUAUCAAUUUCUCACCGAUCUUGCAGACAAUCUGGACAAUGUGUCUGUCAUUAAAUAUCCCGUUACAUCUCAGGUCAACAAUUCCACGUAUAACGAGCCUAACUGUAUUAAACCGAUUAGUGAAGAAGAAGAACACAAGAAAAUGACUAAAUCUUAUGGUAGCUCAAAUAUAAUGAUGCAAUUUCUUAAGCGUUCAAAUAAAGAUAGUACCUGUGAUCAAGCAAAUCCUGGCAACAAUUCUAGUUAUGAUGUUUCACACAAGAAUAUUGAUGCAAUGAAAAAGGAGGAAGCAAAUCAAUAG